AGUUGGGGGUUCUCAGCUCAGCUCUCAGGGGCCCCCCGGGCUCUCCCCCCUCCUCUGACCGCUCCCCCUCCCCCCAGGUCCCCCCCUCUGCGAGGACUCCCCAGAUGAGCGUGACCGGGGGGCACCUUUGGGUGCUCUGAGCAGACCCCCCCCAGCGAUGUGAGCCCCCCGUGCGAUGCCCAGCGCAGGAUGGAGCCCUCCCUGCCCUCCCCGUGGGGCUGGAACGGCUCCCGAGGAGGGGGGGCCCGGCCCCCCAACAACGGCAGCGCCGAGGGCAAGGCCAAGGACGGCGGGGGGGCCGCGCGGGCCGUGGGGCUGCUCUUCAUGGUGCUGCUCGACCUGACGGCGCUGGUGGGCAACGCGGCCGUGGUGGGGGUCAUCGCCCGCACCCCCGCGCUGCGCAAGUUCGUCUUCGUGCUCCACCUGUGCCUCGUGGACCUGGUGGCCGCGCUGACGCUGAUGCCGCUGGAGAUGCUGGUGGGCUCGGCGCUGGGGGGCUCGCCGGGGCUGUGCCGCGUCUACCUGUUCCUGCUGGUGUGCCUAAGCUCCGUGUGCAUCCUCUCCAUCUCCACGCUCAGCCUGGAGCGCUACUACUCGGUGGUGCACCCGCUGCGCUACGAGGCGCACAUGACGCCCACGCUGGUGGCCGGGGUGCUGGCGGCCGUGUGGCUCAAGGCCGUGGCCACCUCGGUGGUGCCGGUGCUGGGCUGGCUGUCCCCCCCCGAGCGUCCCCCCGCGCCGGGCUGCUCGCUGCAGUGGAGCCCCGGCGCGCCCUGCGUGGUGUUCGUGGCGUUCCUCGCCGCCUUCUACUUCGCGCUGCCGCUGCUCGUCAUCGUGCUCACCUACUGCGCCAUGUUCCGCGUGGCCCGCGUGGCCGCCGCCCAGCGCGGCCCCCUCCCCACCUGGCUGGAGACCCCCCCCCCGGCCCGCCGGCGCUCGGCCUCGCUCAGCAGCCGCUCGCCCAUGGUGACCCCCCCGUGCCCGGGGGGAGCCCCCCGCAGCACCCCGCACAGGACGCGGGCGCGGGGGGGGGGCAAGGCGGCCGCGGUGCCGCUGGCCGUGGGGGGCCAGUUCCUGCUCUGCUGGUUGCCCUUCUUCUCCUUCCAGCUCUACGCGGCGCUGGGGGGGGGCGCGGGGGGCGGCGCGGCCGAGACCGUGGUGACCUGGCUGGGGUUCUGCUGCUUCACGUCCAACCCCUUCUUCUACGGCUGCCUCAACCGGCAGAUCCGCGCCGAGCUGGGCCGGCUCGUGGCGACCCUCCUCAAGCAGCCCCCCGAGGAGGGGCUGCGCCUGCCCAGCCGCGAGGGCUCCAUCCAGGAGAACUUCCUGCAGUUCCUGCAGAGCACGGGCAGACCCCCCGAGCCCCCCCCGGGCACCCCCAGACGGGACCUGCCCCCCUCCACGGGCACCCCCAGGCAGGACGUGCCCCCGCCGGGAACCCCAAAACGGGACCCGUCCCCCACCCCAGACGGCCCCAAACGGGACCUGCCCCCCACCCCGGGCACCCCAAAACGGGACCUGCCCCCCCCCGUCCCUGUCACCCCUCUGGGGGGUCGGGGGUCCCAAACGGGACCUGCCCUCCCCGUCCCUGUCACCCCUCUGGGGGGGCGGGGGUCCCUCGGCCGUCCCCAAACGGGACGCGCCCCCCCCUUUUCCCCCCGUGGAUUUUCGCAUCCCGGGGCAGGUGGGGGAGGACGGGGGGGAAGGGGGGGAGUGGGGAGGGGGCGAUGGCGGGUGGGUGAAUCCCCCCGGGGGGUCGGGCAGGGCGGGGCUGUAGCGUUUUUGGGGGGUUUGUCGCGGGUAAAUGUGGCUGUGAGGGGAGAGGUGGUCCCGGUCACUCGCUGGGGGGGGGCGCGGCGCUGACACGAGGGGGGGACACCGAGAUCGCGGGGUGGGGGAGGGUCCUCAUGGCUGGGGGGGGGUUGGGGGUCCCACGAUGGUCGCUGGGGUGGGGGGUCCUCGGUGCUGUGAAGGAUUGGGGGUCCCACCGUGCUCCUUGGGGGGUCGUCACGGCUGGGGGGGUGUUGGGGGAUCCCACGAUCCCCCCUGGGGUGGGAGGGUGUCCUUGUCACCCUGCAGGGCGUUUGGGGGGAUCCCCUGGCACUCACGGGAUGGGGGGUGCGGGGUCCUCACCCCCACUGGGGGGGUUGGGGGUCCCACAGCGCUCCCUGA